AAUGGAGCAAAGCACCUGCGGCGUGCUCAGUGAGCUUUUCACAAUAAUGUGCUCUGCUCUCGGCCAUUAAGCGUCGGCGUUGCUACAACUGAUGGAGCUCAGCGUCCCUAGCAUCGAAAGAACGUCAAGGGCAGGAACUUUUCUCUUUUCUUAUUUUACGAGGUGUAGCCUAUAAAUACAGAGCGCGCGCCUGUCAGGGGCGCACUCGCGCCGGAUUAACAAAGGCCUGUUACAGCAAGUGGGGACGAUCAGGAAACCUUUUGCUGGAUUAGGAGUGAUUAAAACGGACAUGGCAGACAGUCUACGGAGGCUGGUGAACUCAUCAUCCUUCAGCCUUCUGCAACAGAAAUUAGAGUCGUGGUACAAAGACUAUCAUGUGAUCUCAUGCGACCAAAACCUGAAUCGGUGCUGUGAGCUGGUGGAACUCACUUCCAAAAUCCAGGGCCAACUCUUUUCAAUACUCAACCAAACUGCAAGAGAGGGUGGGCAUUAUGCAGGCGUGGAAACUCUCAAAACUCGGUUGCUGCCUUGGCUUGGUACCUGCUUUACCAUGGCAUCCUCCUUUUCUCCGGACACCAGCCUUAACCUCAUUCAGAAUGACAUGGUGCUCUGCACUUCCAGCCUUGUUGAUGCCCAGUUGGCACUGGACGACACUAAGAACAAAUCGGCCACCACCCUGCUUGCCACCGAGGACGAAAUCCUGCAGCUGAGGGCAGAGUUGCGUUCAGCUCAGGAUCAGGUAGAGCUGUACAAGAGGAAACUGGACGUGUUUGAUGACUACGAGAGGCAAGUGCGUAUGCUGAGAGAUGAGGUGUCCAUCCUGACGGCCGAGAAGACAGUGCUGCAGGAGAGGCUGGUAAGGAGUCGCUCUCCGAGUCCUCUUCCCCCGCGCAGUCGUGCUAGCAGCCCUCUGAGGAGCGAGUCCCCCACACGCGCCCAGCUCACCAACUCAGCCCGCCACGCCCGGCUGGUGUCACGCUUCAGCGACCUGUAUGCCACCGAGCGUCUGGAGGCCCAGAGCUUGCUGCGCCGCUACAUCGACGACCUGGAGACUGUCCAGAGGAUCAUCUUCAUCGCUGCCGUGGAGUCAUUUCAGGCUGCUAAGCUGGCGUUCAGGCAGUUUAAGCUACGCGUACGGAAGACUCUGGGUCCUUCCCACUUUGGGCCAGAGACCCUUGAAGAUGCAGUGAUGGAUUAUAUUGUCCGAAACCUUGACCUCUAUGACGUCCAAGCCAGUGUCAAUGACGUGAUCAACGCUAUGAAUGUGAACCCACGGAUCUCCUUCCCAGCGGAGGUAGACUUUGUGCUGAUCAGCAGCUUCAUCAGGGAGAUGUGCAGGAUAGCCUUCGCCAUGCAGACACUGGACCCACCACUGGACCUGGCCUUCAGCACAGAUGGAGAGCUGUACAAUGACAUCAAGUAUCGGCGUAGUUAUGACUCGGAGUUCACCGCUCCCCUAGUGGUGUACCACGUGUGGCCAGCCCUGGUGGAGGACGACGCCGUCAUCGUGAAGGGGGAGGCCGUAACCCGGAGAGGCGCUCUGUGGAGGAGCAGAAGUAGGAGCUCUAGUCCUGUGCGCUCUCGUUCCGGAAGCCCCACUCGCACACUUAUGUUCAACCGUAGUCUCUCGCCUGAACGUCUUACCAUCAGUCGCCUGUAAAACCCGGACUUGAUCUCCAGCUUUCCCUUGACACAGACUUAAAUGUUAUCAUUUUGUUGAAGUGACUAAAGAAAUCUGCAUUCA